GCAGUAUCACAGCCCUCACACAUAUUGAAUGAGAAUUGUGUGGCGCAUAUGUAUUUGGUGCCUCCUUGUACCAAUAUCUAUGUGUUAAAAUAAAUAAAUAAUAAAGGAACAGUGGAGCUCAAGAGUGAAGGUAGAUACAGAGUGCAUGCAUUACGCUAUUGAAGACUAUCACGAGUUAUACUAAUCAUCUUCAAAAACCGAUCGCCAUUAUCAUGAAGAUCCAACCAAGUAGUCUGGAUCUAACAUGGAUCAGAGAAACAGUUGAUAACUUCAUGGUCAGUCAGUCACGUGCAACGAACCUAAUAUAUAUGCGCGACGGUCUAAGUAGCAAUAUUACAUAAGCUCGAGACAAAAUUAUCAAAACAAAUCCAUGCGUUGUUCUGUCUGCCACAGGCUUUUUCAACCUGAUCCUACACCAAGAAACAUUGUGCGUCAACUUAAGCAGUAAUUAGGGAUACACAAAUGUUCAUACCAGUCGAUAAAGAUUCACGACUUCAUCGCGAAAAUUUGUUAGUUAAUACCAUAUAUUGAACCUUAGCACUACUCACUUAAUUACUAGAAAACGCGAGUAAUGUUUUGAAGACACCGACGAUUAAAAAACUGCAGCAACCACGUCCCCAACUUUCAUAGAUCAUGCUCCACAGACAUAAAGUAAUGCACGGCGGACUGCUGAGCAGUAAUCACAUACUUUGUUAACAAGUGGAUAUCACACCUACAAAUGACGCAAAAUGGAAAACGCCAGAAAGGCAGUUCCAUUAGGAAACAUGAAGGGUGGCCUAAAUUUAUGUAGGCCAACUGGGAAAUAUAUUGAACUAGAUUUACCGAUAUUUAAUAGGUAUCACAGAUAUAUUGACAGCAGCAUAAUUUAGAGGUUUCCUGGAAGUCCAUAGAGUUGGGAAGUAGGGUGGAAUGUGAUACCACACGGCUGUCGUAACGGAUAUACACAGAGCAGUGAUUAAAUCUGUGAUCCAGCAGUUGAGCAUUGAAUGUUACGUAGUCUAUACUAGGGUAAUUGGGGUGCUAAUUUUCGGCAGUGUUUUCGCUUAGCGGAGCCACCGAUAGAUAAAUUAAAUUAGUUAGACAGUACAUGUAAGGAGGGUGAAUGUUAUUUGAUGUUAGUUAACGAAAUAACAAACACUAUUUGCCCCGCAAUACAUAAAAGUAUCCGGAGAUAAGCAGUGUUAAAAAUUAACUACAUUUUACGUGAUAUGACAUGAAAGCCACAUAUUUUGCAGGUUAUUAAUUUUUGAAUUCAGAAACAUACAGAUCAAUGACAGAUUCAAUAAAGUUAGUGAGAAAUGACAUAUCUUGGUUAGGCCUGAAUAUCUAACUUGUAAUAUGGAGAAGUUCAAGAAAUAAUAACGAGUUGAUAAGACAGUGAUUAAGUACAAAAUGUAUUUUUAACUUGCUGUUGACCCAUGCCUUGAAACUGAAAUUUAUUGGUAAUUAAACGAUUUAUUUACUUUCAGAGAAGAAGCGAUACAAAAGUGUAUUACUGUUUGAACCACUUAAAUUGAUAGAUUAAUUUGAACACAUAAAUACUAGUACGACGGGGAACCGAGUACAUAUGCAUCACAAAAAAUCUCAUUCGAUUUAUGUGAGGGCUGUGAUACUGCUCGCGCGCCCAAACCGAAGCAGGUGGUUUUCUUAGGGGGCUACGCCCGGUGCCUUCGACCUAAAAGUCUGAUGCACAAGACAGUGGAGCAUCGGUUGAAGAACUGGACAUUCGGUUUUCGUACCUCUCAAUUUCGUAAAUCACACCCCCGCCACGAGAAGGCAGUGAGUAGGACUUCCCUGGAGGAGGUUAUAUACGCGUAGCCAUGUGAGAGCACACUCUCGGCCGUUUUAACUCUGACAGAGUCAAAGCCAACACAUUUGAGAACAAGAAUAUAUGCCAAGUGAUAUUCGCAAACAGCAGCUCAGCAUGAAAACUCAGUCUAAUGGACUUUUACAAUCUGAAAAUCUAUCGACAACAAGCACCCAUAUUUAUUAUCUAACACCUGCCUAGUGAGUACAAGUGCUAGUAUAGUAGAGACAUGCCUACCGGAGUAUUUAAGGAACAUACAACAAAAUGACACAAAGACGUGUUGAAUACUUAGCAAAUAUACACCGGGGAAUGCGAGUGUAUCCAAGACAAAAACUAUACGAAGCUGAUCAUGUCAUUGAUACAGCACUAUAACAAGGAUUUUGGAUUAUCGAAUUUAAUCACUUGAGAUUAUCGAACCAAUGGUCGGCUAGGACUAUGGAAGUGUCACGCUGUAGUCCAAGGGUUAUUAUAACUGUUAAUCUGCAACAAUGACUACACAGAAUAUGGAGUAAAACAGAUGUGUAGGAAACGUCUUUCAGGUCACUUCAGGAAAUAGAGCGAGGGCAUUCGAAACCAACAAUAAAGACAAUUCGGAGAACUUCCCUACUGACAACCAACUACCGGAAGUGGUCUCCCCCAUUUGAAUGACUUAAGAGUAAAUCAGAUACGAAGAAAUGUAUUAAAACGGUUUCCCUGUUGCCAAAUCAGAACAUGAUACAGCACUACAAUGACACAUCGACCAAAUUUGUUUCAACACGAUCAAAUUUGAGCGUGUUUCAUAGCUGAAGUGAUAAAGCUGGAUGAGUAAACAUACCAACUUUACAUAUGACUAACUGUAAGAAACACUACACAGCUCUGAUAUAAUCGUGGAAUAUUUGCGAUUUGUAGGUAUAUUCACCUUGAUCAGCUUAAAAAGGAACUACCGACACUUUAGGAAAUAAAAAAAGACACAGUGUUCAAAUAAAAUCAUCACACUUAGCGCAACUCUCUUCACGCAGUUAUAAAAGUUACCAAUCCGACAUACAUAACUGGCAGAGUUCAACACCAAAUCAUCAGAGUAGUAACAUAGACCUUCGAACAAGUUUAACAAAACAACAAUGUACUCACUGGUUCAGUUACAAUAAAUUAAGAUGAAAUUCUUAAAAUGUACUUUAUGGAAAGAAAAAUUUAGUUUUUUGCUUCUCGUGUGUUUAGAUAGUUUAUUCCAACGUCGUAUGGCGAUGACGAGUCCUGUAUAUCUGCAUAUUUGUAAAAUGAGUUGUAGUAACAGUGAUCUCUAAAACAUAAUAUGCAUUAAAAAUAUGAUAAUUUGCAUGGUUGUCUUUUUAUUGAUUGUUGUCAAGAUGUGAGGUAAUUUCCAAAGUUUCGCUACAUAAAGUGCUCGGCUUAAGUUAUUGUUUGAUAUCCUUGACUUGCUUUUACUGCUUGGUCUUACCUCAAGCCACCUGUUUUUUUUAUAGUAAUGGAUUGAAAGUAUUGAUGGUUUGUUCGGAAAGUGUUUAAAAAUGUAUACGGCGUGCGAGCCAGCAAGUUGGUCAAUAAUUAGUGGCUAUAGACACCAAAUAUAUUUGAUUGAAUGACAAUUAAUGUAUAUUCGAUUGAUUUCAUACCUUGAUCUGCCAUUUUUAUCAGUUUGCGAAACUGCUUCCAAUAGUACCAAAGAUUCAGAUUGACUGGCACUGUCAUAAAUGUAUACGAAUUGGUAUGCCAGUCUACUUAUUUCUGUGGUACUAAGCAUAUACGCUUCCCGUCAGUGUCUUUCUCAGCAUAUCUUGUUAAAGUACAACGCACGCCAAUCCUCACAUUUUCUGAUACAUGUGAUAUGACAGUCAUCUGAUGUCAUUUACAAGAUUCAGUCAAGAAAUUCUGUACUUUACACUAUAAAUUUAGCAGGCUUGAUUUUUUUGUCCGGGGACAGAUGUCUGAGAACCUGUGUCAGUCUUUUUUCGCAAACAGAACAACAAACCAUUUGUGACAGAGUCCUCGUGUUUUGCAAACGAAAGUCGUUUGUCAGAUGUCUUGAUAUGCAUUACUUUAUUUACAGACUAUCUCGGCUUAACGACACACUUAUUCUGUUCUCCUUAUUGUUUUUCAUGUUUGUGAUCCCCAUAGUAGCCAUUUGCUUAAAAUAACCUAGUCAAUUUUCAACUAAUAACCAAUAGGAUUCUGAAUGUUUCGUAACAUGAUAAGUGAAACUUCAGUGGAGUGUAGUCAGAAAGCACGUAGUCGAACAGUAACAAGUUUGAGUGUGUUUCUGUUGAGUCACCCAUCGUGCAAGCAUAUUUACGACCGCUAAGUACCAUUUUGACUACUUAUUCCGCGAGGGAAUCUUUUUCGACGAGGUUGUAUUCAAAAUUCUAUUAUUGUAUGUAUUUGUAGAGAUUAUAAAUUGAUGAUUAACCGUAUGGCCGUUACAAUUAGAUUCUGCAGCAUGAUGUGAUAACAUGUUGAAGUGGAGAUGAAAUGUAAUCAGAGAGAACGUGGAAAUAAAAAUAAUUCGAUUGAGGAACUAGGUGCUUUGAUAAAUGCACAUAUAAUUGGUCACAUGUGAGAGAUCGCGCUUCAAGUUCUUGAUGAAAGUUGGUUGGUUAGAGAAUACUAACCCUAAGAUUGUGAUGAAAGUUCUGUUGAUAACUCACUUCUGUUAUUCGUCAAGUGCGAGACUUCUUCCAGGCCAUACUGAUGUAGAUAUUCCUGCUUUCGUUGUCUUUGUUGCGGUUGUAAACUAUCCUGGAACUUCUGGUUAUGAUUGCAUUUCAACAUGGAACUGUAGUGUUUCAGAAAUUCAAUUUAAAGUCUUGACAAUUAGAAGCAUGUAAUGAAGAUGGUUGUGAAUUAUUUCGCUAUUUGGAUGUUAGUUAUUUAUUUGAACACAUAAAUAUUGGUACAAAGGGGCACCGAAUACAUAUGCGCUACACAAGUCAUCUGAUUUGCUUGUGCGUUGUGAUACUACCCGGGUGCGCAAACUGAAGCAGGUGGUCUUCCUAGGGGACCAAGCCCGGAGCUUUCGACCUAAAGGUCUAAUACACAAAGCAGUAGAGCAACGUCACGGGAUGCACUCCCAUGGUAGCCCGCGGCCAACAGUAUGUUCAUACACCUUUUGUCCCCUCACGGUACUGGAGCCCAUGUGCACCAUUGCUUUGGGAUCAGGGUUUUCUAACUCCUCUAGGUGCACCAUCCGUAUUCACCAGCCCGGUUAAAGCACCGGACAUUUGCUUUUCAUCAUCUCAGUUUCCUGAACAACAUCUACCGCGAGAAGCUGAUGAGUAGACCUUUCUUGGCAGUGGCUGUAUGCGCGUGACCAUGUGAGAGCAUUUCAUCCGUACCAGGGUAUUUGUAGGAUGAGAAUAUAUUUUCCUAAUGGGAAGCGAAACUUAUUACUAGGGUAUUCAUCAGAAUCCCAAAAGCUUAUAAAUUUAGUAUAUACCUGAAUUUUAUCAAGAACUGAGUGUAUCCACACAGAAAAGCUAUUUUUCAGUGAGUUUUAACAUCGUUCCACAACUUUCAGUACGCAAACAUGUUUCACAUGUUUUAUGCAUAUAACUUUCUGUUUUAGAUUGUUACUAAUCGCUUAAAUGAAAAAAACUGUUGUUUUGUUAUAGUAUUUAACUGUCCUAAUCGGAUACAUACAUAUACAUGUAGGAAGCUAUGUUCGGAAAUGAAGAUAUGUUUGAUGACGGGGAGUUAUCCGUUGAAUAUUCCUCAGAUGACAACUCCGAACCCAAUGUUGAUUUAGAAAAUCAGUACUACAUGGCAAAGUCGCGAAAAGAUGACAAUCCAGAUAUGGCACUUUUAGAAUUCCAGAAAGUUUUAGAUAUUGAAGGUACUGGGAAUAAAGGCGAUUGGGGAUUCAGAGCAUUAAAGCAAAUGAUUAAAAUAAAUUUCAGGCUUGGAAGGUUCGAUAAUAUGAUGGAAAAUUAUAAAGUCCUCCUUACCUACAUAAAGUCAGCUGUAACUCGAAAUUAUUCUGAGAAGUCCAUUAAUUCGAUUUUGGAUUACGUGUCAACCUCCAAACAAAUGGAUUUGUUGCAGCAGUUUUAUAUCACUACUCUAGAUGCCCUUCGUGAGUCGAAAAACGAAAGAUUGUGGUUUAAAACUAACACAAAACUGGGUAAACUUUACUUGGAACGUGGUGACUAUAUGCAUCUACAAAAGAUUGUUAAGGAGUUACGUGAAUCUUGUCAGACAAAUGAUGGAGAAGACGAUCUUAAGAAAGGAACUCAGCUGCUAGAAAUUUACGCACUGGAAAUUCAAAUGUAUACAGCCCAAAAAAACAACAAAAAGCUUAAAGCAUUAUAUGAACAGUCUUUGCAUAUUAAAUCAGCCAUUCCACAUCCUCUCAUAAUGGGAAUAAUACGAGAAUGUGGUGGGAAAAUGCAUCUUCGCGAAGGAGAAUAUGCGAAAUCCCAUACUGACUUCUUCGAAGCCUUCAAGAACUAUGAUGAAUCUGGAUGUCAACGUAGGACACACUGUCUAAAGUAUCUUGUCUUGGCCAGCAUGUUGAUGAAAUCGGGUAUUAAUCCAUUCGAUUCACAGGAAACAAAACCGUACAAAAAUGAUCCUCAAAUUGUGGCUAUGACAAGUCUUGUAACAGCUUAUCAGAACAAUAAUAUCGUAGAAUUCGAGUCCAUUUUACGACAUCAACGUGAUUCAAUUAUGGAAGACUCUUUUAUUCGCGAACACAUUGAAGACUUACUUCGUAAUAUUAGAACUGAAGUUCUCAUCAAACUAAUUCGCCCGUACACCAGAAUACGCAUACCUUUCAUUUCACAACGGUUAAAUCUAAGCGACCCAGAAGUAGAAAGUCUUCUAGUGGCUUGCAUUUUAGAUAAUACAAUACAAGCGCGAAUUGAUCAAGAGCAUCAAAUUUUGGUGCUUAGUACAGAAGCUACUUCAGAAGCGCGUUACCAGGCUCUUGACAAGUUAGCCCUACGGUUACGGCAUUUACAAACGGCGAUGUCCAACAGAGUACCUAUAACUAAUUAAAGAGCUUUUGAAUUUAAGCAAUGACAAAAAACCAAUACGACAUGCAACAUAACAUACCGAAUUUUCUUCAAUACACGAAAAUUACAAAAAGCGUACGAUUUGCAAACAGAAACGUUGUUAACAAUCUUAUGUAAAAUUUACUAUGGCAAAAAUACAACUGAUAACGCAAGUAAUUUGCUUUCAUCCAUCAAGUGAUAACAAGUACAAUGUAGACUGUGUGCAUACCAAAACUGAUGGAUAGGGUUUGUCUGUAGCAACAAAUCCAAUUAUUGGGUCAUUAGUUGGUAGGGUAACUACGUGUUGUGAUGCGACAUGUACAAUCUGUUGCUUUUUUGCUGAAGAUGAGUUAGCUGUUGUGCGUUUCCGGAGUUCUGUAUCCUUAGAAUCAUUUGAUAGGGGCUGACAAUAUAUGUAGAUUCUCCUUGUCAAGUCUGCAACUGCCACAAAUUUUAGUGGAGAUCCGUCCGAUAAAACUGGACUAGAAACAAACCUACUUUCACGUUUACUGGCGAGAACGUAGCCAAAUGCUUGCAAAGUUGAGACAUGUCUCCAUACACAUGGGUCUCUUCCUGUCAGUGUAUUCUGGCAUAGUGGUAACCAAACUAUCCCAUCUACAUCAUGACGGAUACAGAAAGCGUGUGUAGCAUUUGGUUUCCCCGUAGCACAACGAAUUUUGAACAACCACUGGUGUCCUGAUAAAUAGGCCUAAAUUAGAGCAAUUCGCUUAUUAAACAAAUUUAAUAUAAAAAGGGUUAUCUAGUUAGUUCGAAUCAUGUAUAAACAACAACUAAAAAUGAGUACGAAAACUAGACUGCUUGGAUUGCGAGACUGGAAAAAUAACUAAAUUUAUGUGUCUUGAAAGCUUACGUCUAACGUAAAUCAUUUUUUAGAAAGGAGACUUGGCUGGAAUAGUUUCAAAAUAAUACUCGCAUAAUGCUAUUAUAAAGAAUGCGUAGGUUAAUUUUAAACACUGACAUCGGUUAUUCGUAAUAUCAGUGCAAAUGUUUUCGUAUCAGUAACGAGAUCAUAUCCACAAAAUAUAACAGGCGUUACACCAGUCGUCCCAUCAGAUUCAUCUAGUUUUCAGAAAAAAAACCCAUAUAGAAAACAGGUCUACUUAAGCUCCAUUUUCGUUAAUAACUGACGGAAGUAGGUUAGCCGCUUACUGUAAGUUAGGAGUACUUGGGAAAUCUGUCCAAACUGAGGUUUCAGCGUGAACUUGCAGAAAAUUUUCCAAAUAACAAUCUCAUCGAUCAGUAAUAUUUUUAACCCUAAGAACGGUAUGGUUACAGGCUAUUCAGUUUAAAUUAUUAGUUCGCAGUUCUCCGACAAACAAAACACAAAAUGUUUAACCUACGGUCUUGCUGGGCCAGUUCACUGUAUGCAAUAGGUUAAAAACAUGGGCAGGUCUUAGAAGUUGGUAGCUUACCUGAUUGUUUAUACCCUCUAAAUGGUUAGUAAUAUUUAUUUCUUGCCAAUGAAUCAUGAGAGCUUUCCGGUUACAAGGAAAGGCUUGCGAAUCAAUGUCACUGGUGACCUAGUGUGAUGUAGCUAAAUCGAAGCCAUUAUUUGGCGUGGUAAGCCUGUUCGUUAAUAAAAAAUGAUAUGCACAAAAAUAACUUAGAACCUGGAAUAUCGGGAAUUUACCCUAAAUUGUUAUAUCAACACAUCUGGGGAACUGUCCGCUGAAGUCAAAUGUAGGAAGCAUAGCAUGCCAGUUCCUGUUAGCUGUUUCAGGUUUGGUAUUAGAAGGGUAAUUUCAUCAACAGUCCAAUAAUGCUGACAGUAUGUUCAGACCAGACGAUUACAGCAUGCACAUCCCAUAAUUUUCUACCGUAAAGCUGAAACACUACUACUCAUUUAAGAUGUUUAAGACAUGCAAAACUUAAUGAAGUCAUUAAAUUAAUAGCCAGGAAAAAGAAAAGGCAAAAAUAGGUGGAUCUUGUGGUGACCUAAAUCUCAGAGUGUAACCAAGUUUUAUUGCAUUACACGGUACAAAGUACCUAUUUAGGGUAACUGAAUGGUCACUAAGCAUGUAAGACAAAUCUCUGUUCGAAGAAUAUCAUCUAAUCAAAAGAUUCUUAAUUUACAAUGGCCUACUUAAGGAUACGUUUGUCAAUCCCUAAUUUCAUUUUCACACAAUGUCCUAAUGAAACAACUACCUAGUUUACCACAUACCACUAUUUUGAAAAAUAACACUAAAAAAUUAUAUUGAUGUGGUUAAUUUCAAUUUUGCUCCAACAAAAUUUCAGUUCUUAAUGUUUUUGCACUGAUAUUAACUGAAUGUUACCUCUCUUUAAUUUAGCAUCCUCUGAGUUAUUGACUGACUGAGAUGUGUAUUGCCGAUUGACUAACCAUCAUUUGUUUGGUGUUGAUUUUUAUAUUUCAUCAUAGUUUAGGGCUGUGUCGAGGGAAUAACUGAAGAGGAAUAUUUUUUUGCCCAAUCAGUAUUUAAAGGUCUCGAAGGGAAUGCCUAAUUUAUCAUAGAAUCAGAUAUCAUUUUGAACUUAUUCUAUUAUCGCUUACAAAAUAAAUACAUAUAGCUUUAUUUUAGCAGUCAUAUUAGAUUUAACAAUGCCAGUUGGUAACUAACUUAAUGUAACUCACUAGCCUAUAGAUUUGUGUCGAAGUAAAUAGGGACUUGUAGCUUGAAUGGCCAUGAGUCGGGCACUCAACCACCACUCUAGAUUUUGAUAAGGCAAAUAAAUCCCCACACAUACCUGAUGAGUACACUUGAGAGUUUCAUGAUCGAACCUUUGUAAUAAAAGAUCAGUUUCAUCUUCACUCAUUGGGAAAUCAACUUCUUCUAGCUGGCCAACAUUGAAAGGCGGUUUCGGUGUCAAAUCAGCCUUUCCAUCUGAUUGUACACGCAUUUGAUCAUCCAGACCAGUGUGAUGUGAGCAGUGCAUUCCAGUUAAUAUUUUAUUUUCAUGUGGAUCGAGUAACAAACGGGGCCAGUAAUGGGAAUUCUGUUUAGUUAUGCGUAUUUCAAUGCUUUAAAUGAAAACCACAGUUCGUAUUUUCAAUUUACUGAAUAUAAGACAAAUACAGAAAGGUAAUAAAAUAUGCACCAACCAACCUUAUCUAGUGAGGUAAGAAUUUACUACUGGAACAUUUCGUAACAUUGAGACAUUGGGUAUAUUUUACUACAUUUCAGUCAACAAACGAAAUAUACAGUAUUAGUUCUUACGUGAAAACCAAAAACUAGCUCAUCUGUAUUGAAAAAGGAUUUCUUUUAGCCUACUUUUAUUAUUAUUUAUGGGGCCGAACUGGUCUAUUUCGACAGACAGGAACUCAGAUAAAUAUUUAUGACUUCACAAACUGGAACAUUUUUGAUAUCUACUAUUUGUGCAUUUUGCUGUAUCAACUGUACAACAUACAAUUUCUGCUACACUUUAGGAUGUGAAAACCAUCUAAAUCACGGAGAGUUAUGAUUCCCCGUGAAAACAAGUUACCAAACUAUUUUUAUGUAUAUAAUUGUUUGCAUGAAUUUGACAAAAUAUCAUCAAUGAUCUACAUCUUUAAAUUAGCAUAGCAGAAUAAUUCGAAAAUUGUUCUUAAUAGGGCAGUUAUUUUUCAUCUAUUAAAGAGCUAGUUAAGAUUAAUCUGUUUAGGAAGCAUAGGGUUUAUAAAGCCGGCUUUGAGACAUCGUUAGUGUGAAAGUUAAUGAGACUACCUAACUACCCAAACUAAAUUGGAUGUGGUGAGGUUAAAACCUCGAAUGUAUUAGCUGAAAGUCGAAAACUUCAACCACUAAUCAACUACUCCACCCGUCUUCUGUUAUAAUAUCGAGCAUAAAGAUCGGACUUAUAAUCUUGGAUAUUUAAUGACGUACCGGUUAUUUUUUCGAUCAUAGGUCCACGAGGAAUUGGGUUCUACUGGUUCAUAGAGCAUCUGAUCAAUCAGUGUGAUAGGGCGAUCACCAAUUUUUUUAGUUUUCGUGACUGGAAUAUAGGAGUGCAGGUUCGCGCGGAGUAUCUGGUGUUUAGAUGACUCUUCACAGAUUGGAAUGAUUUCCACAGAAACAAUAUUCGAAUCAUAUGAAGAUGGGAGAGUGAUACCAUUUAGCGUAAAAGUGACAUUGAGCAAACUAGGAUUGAUAUCUUCAUCGGCGUCAGUUUGUGUCCAAGUUACGAGAAACUCGGGAUCCUGUCCAAUACAUGUAUCUUCUGUAUCCAUUUGUUUAGACUCAGAAUCUGUUUAAAUACAAAAGAGCUACCAAUUUUAGUAACAUGAUUGUUCGUAAUUUUUUUUAGAUAACUGUAGAGAAUGGCAAAUAUUAACGGCUGGGGUAAAAAUUAUGGGGAAAAUCAUUAAAAUUCAAGGAACUAAGGAACCACAUGUACAAACCAGUCAUUUUAAUACUGUGAAAUGAACUUAGUCACGUAGCUUGUUCGAACUUAAACCAUGGUUUGGAGGAUUACUUAUUUGAUAUUCAAUUACAAGCAUGAAUGAUGAGAUUCUAUUCCAUCUACAUCAAUUUUCAUUCAUGGGUGAGGUCUGUAGUUAUCAUUUAAAUGCUGUCACAAGCCUAAAAAAUAACGUAGUUACUGAGUUGUAUUAUAUUUCAGACUAGUUUCGAUGUAACAUGGAAAACCUUUAGUCCUUUCCAUUAUUAUUAGAAAUAAAACAUAGCGGAUAACCUUUGAAAAUACCAUCACAAUAAAUGGUACAAUACAUCCACAGGAAUAUUAAAAGGAAGACCUGAAACCGAUGCAUUCGGAAAGUCAGUAUAAUAAAGUUUGACGUUCAAGUAUAAGUUCGUGUACCCACCUUUAAACGAUUUAGUAAGUAAAAGUUGAAGGAUAUUAGUGAAAUCAUAUUAUUUUCAAACGGUAUACAAACUACUUAAGCAUUAAAUUCACUUGGAAUUUUUUUACUUGAAUCUUCCCAUUAAUGUUUAGGAUUGCAAUUGAUCAGACUCUCAUUGGCAUAUGUGCAUUCUUUGCGGAUGUCCCCAAUACUGCCUUGAUUCACAAGCAUUAUAAGCAAAGAUGGAUAGUGGUUAGUAGUAGAACCCGAGACGCGCGUUUCGCCCUAUUUGCAUAUCAGGACUCAGUAGCUAAGUGGAUAACGAGAUGGCGUUUAAAGAGAAUGGUACUGAGUUCGAGUUCCGGAGCGAACAUCGAAUCUGGAAUGCUGGUACAUCCAGCUGACGAGUCCCAUAUAUGACGAAACGGGCGUCCUGGGUUCCACUACUAGCUACCAUUUAUCUUUGCUUAUAAUACUUGUGAAUUAAAGCAAUGUCGAGGCGAUCCGGAAAUGCCCGAUUUGUUCAGAACAUUUUUACGUAUUGAGAUGGUGGAGAGGAUUUGUAGCACAGGUGGACGGCAUUUUACGUAUUUCAACAAAAGGCAUGGAAACAACCAGCCCCUUAUAACGGUUCACGAAACUUACAUUUAUUAAGGUAGUUUUCAUGAACAGAUGGAUUGCAGGAGUCGUAAAUAGCAUGAAAUUUUCUUUCUGAGCAAAUAUGCAGUGCUGAACAAUCACCCUCGAAGGCAGCGAACUCAGGAAAUGAAGAUGCAACGAAUUUCUGGUGCCGCACUAUGGACCAGGACAUGUUGGAUUCUAGGAAACGAAAACAAUAGAGCCUGUGUUUUGUAGGUG